AUCAAAAGCUGCAGAGAUCUAACGGCAGCAGCAAAUGCUUUUUAUGUAUCGGUCUUGUAUGUUCUGCUUUAAAUAAGGAACAUUACAUGUAUUAGAUUGUUAAUCAUUUAAGGUUAAUGUCUAUAUGGACAGGGAUUUUUCUAAACAAGCGAUCCUUGAACGUCUUAAAAAAACUGUUUUGGUUUUUUCUGUUCACUCUGUUCCACACUCCAGUCCAGUAGGUGGCGGUAAUGCACCUUUGUUUGCUAACCGCUAAAAGCUUUUAGAAAAGCAGUAAAAGAAGGAGGAGACGGGAAGCUGUAGUUAGCCCUAUGUUUUGGUGUGUAUCACUGAUGCAUACAUAAUCUAUAAUGUCUAUGGGGCAUUGGCAUGAAUAAUGUAUGCUUUGGUGUGUGUGAAUAUUUGAGGAGGGCAGAGAUACGCAUGCCAUUCCCCAUAGAAGAAUAUUCGAGGACCUUCAUUUCAGUGUCUGGGAGAGAAACAGCGACUAACUGCUGCAGCUGCGAUUAUAUUUUUACUAGGUUGGAAAAACUCAACAGAACCAGAGAUCUUCUGCGGAGCUCCACAAUAAGAUAUGAAGCAGAUGGCUGUGGUUAAAGAAGAAGCUCCUGAAGAACAGAGUGCUGGUGUGGACCAGCAGGAUCCAGAACACCUCCACAUAAAGGAGGAACAGGAGGAAGUCUUUACCAGUUUGGAGGGAGAGCAGCUCCAUUUGAAAGAGGAGACUGAUGCCACCAGUUUUUGGUUCAGUGCAGUUUCUAUAAAAAGUGAGGAUAAUGACGAGAAACCUCUGGUCUCACAGCUUCAUCAGCAUCAAAUGGAAGACAGACACGUUCCAACCAGCAGCUCAGCAGACCAGAAAUCAGCAGAAACUGGUGGAGGAGCAGAAACUAGCAGGAACCCAGAUCUGAACCCUCAUGAACAGACAUUUGAUUCUUCAGAGACUGAAGUUAGUGGAGAUGAUGAAGAGGACGACGAUGCGAAUCUAGACUCUGAGCUAUCAGACUCUGGGUCUGAAAAUGGAGACGGAGACAAAAACAGGAAUGGAAGCAGAUCUUCUGAAUCAGAUGUUAAGACUGUUAACAAAUAUUUUACCUGCCCUGAAUGUGGUAAACAAAUUCUCCACAAAUGCGCUCUCCAGAAACACGUGAGAGUAAAAGGUCAUUCAGGAAUAAGGUCUUCAUGCUGUUUGAUUAAUAAGAAAUGUGUUGGAGUGAAGCAACAUGUAGACUCAUGCAUGAAAGUCCAGAAAAAACAAAAAUCAUUCAGUUGUAAUUACUGUGAAAAAAGAUUCAAGAGAAAUACACAUCUAACUGAACACAUAAGAAUCCACACAGGACAAAAACCUUUUGUUUGUGAGCUCUGUGGGAAAAGAUUCAGCCGAAAGACAUAUUUAAACAGUCACAUGACGGUCCACACAGGACAGAAGCUUUUUGCCUGUGAGCUCUGUGGACAAAGAUUUAGUCAUAAAACAAAUUUAAACAAACACAUGAGAGUCCACACUGGACACAAACCUUUUACCUGUGAGCUCUGUAAACAAAGAUUUACCUUAAAGAGAAGUUUAAAAAGACACAUGAGUAUCCACACAGGACAGAAGCCUUUUGGCUGUGAGCUCUGUGGACAAAGAUUUAGCCAAAAACCAAGUUUAAACAGACACAUGAAAGUCCACACUGUAACUUAGUGAGGUUGAGUUGGUGUCUCCACUUUAGUCUAGAUCAUAUGACUUAGUCCAAGAUUGUGUCUCCUUUCUAACUGAUGGUUGUCGAUUUUAGAAAAAAUAUCUACUAGAUAGAAAUUAGGAUAAUUUAAUUAUUAGUUUCAAAAAAUAUUGAGAUUUUUUUAAGCUAAUAAAAAUUAGGGCUGCACAAAUGUAUUGUUACUGCAAUAUCAUCGUGCGUAAUUGUCCCAUUGCAAAGAAAAGAAAAACAUGGCAAUAACUGGUUAGUUCAAUUGUUUGCUACACAUAAUCCCUAUUCUCACUCUCACAGAAGCAUUAAGUUUUUGACCAAUCAAAUUGAGCCCUUCACACAUUUGGCAUAUUGGUUCUUAUACAGUAGAUGCCCGCCCCCUAGAGAAAAGACAAUUUAGGAGGCUAGCAAACAAACACCUGAGUUAGCUUGGAGAGCGUCGCAAUGACUAAGGACAAGCUGUGUGCAGAAAAUGUUAGGGAGAAAGAACUCAUUUUUAAAACAACACUUCUCUUAUUUGGAGAUAUUUUGGUUACAAUAAAGGCAAUAUUCAACAAGCACAAGUAUUAUACAAAACAUGUCACUUGUGGCAACCAUGACAGGAAACAAGACAACUUACCAUUGUCACCUCCAACAAAACCAUAAGUUAAAGUCCCAUUAGUUAUCACACUGUUGUGUGAAAUUUGUUUUCCACGUUUGGUACGACCGACCAUAGAUUUGAGCCCACGAUCUCCCAGUCUGUGUGAUAUUCAUUACUAUUAAGCUACUGAGCUGGUCAUAAACAUUAUAUAUGGAGCUCAAGAAAGCAAGCGAUGGCAAACCCAAAGUUUCUGACGUUAAAACAAAUAAAAGCACAACAGCUUACCAGAUGUUCAUCUACUGAAGUUUUGGGAAUGAAUUGAGUUUUAUUUUCUGUUUGCAUUUUACUUUUUUUUUUCUUUUUUAAAUUCCUGGAUAAAUCUACUUAUGUGUGAAGACUGUUUUAUAGCUAUUUACAUUUAAAUUUGUAACGGAAUGUCAUUUACUGACUGAACUCUGUUUAGAUUUAUCCAAGCCAUGUUUCUCAGUCAGGGUUUCUAAACCUUUUUGAGUUUUGGUUCAGUCAAUCUUAAUAAAGAUUCAAUUUCCAGGGAAAGGAUGGGAAUCUGCUUGCCCCGUAAUGCUUCAGUAAUCCGAAGGUUGCAGGUUCAAUCCCCGCUCAGUCUGUCGCUGUUGUUGUGUCGUUGGGCAAGACAUUUAACCCACCUUGCCUGCUGGUGGUGUUCGGAGGGACCGGUGGCGCCUGUGUACGGCAGACUGGCCUCUGUCAGUGUGUCCCUGAGCAGAUGUGAUACAUUUGCUAUAAUGUAGCUCAUCAUCACCAGGAUGUGUGUGAAUGGGUGAAUGACUGAUUGUGUUGUAAAGUGCCUUGGGGGCUUCCAGGACUCUAGAAGGCACUAUAUCAAAUACAGGCCAUUUACCAUUUUGUGUCAGCAUCUUGCAGUGGUUUUGAGCCUUGAGGAUGAUUUAUACAUCUCCGUGAACUUUGCAACGGAGAGACGCACACGGAGUGUCGGAAAGGUUUUCGAUGACUGAGAACCUCCAUCAGCUCUGUCUCCUGUCUGCCCACAAUUAUUAAAAUAAAUAUUGUGUUUGACAAGUUUUUUGUGCUGCCAAAUAUCUCAUUUUGAUUCCAGUUUUGAUAUUUUAAUGGAUAUUUAUAAAUUACAUUAAUUGAAUUAUCACAUUGUUGCAUGUUUAACUAGCUCUAUUGUGAUGAAUUAAACUAGCACCUCACUGUUAAAAGCUCGUUUUAAUUUCAAGCAUGUUUAAGUAUUUAUGGACAUGAACAAAAACAGGAAAUAUAUAAAUUGAGAUUUAUUUAAUUAAUAUAACAAAUAAGGGGGAAAGAGUCAUUGAAAGGCACAUUCUUCUGGAAGCUCCUGAUCCUGACGACACCAGCAGGAGACCAGCUGCAGACACCAGUGGAUCACCUACAACCAAGAGAGCAGCUGGUAUCAGUAAAUAAAGAAAUCAGGGCAGUUUUAGUGGGCUGAAUACAUUACAGAAUAAUUUUCUCAUGGGGUAGUUUCCUAACUUUCUAUGCAGCAGAUUGUAACUUGAGCCCAGGGCUCCUGGAGAGCUGCUAUCCAGCACGUUUCAGUGGUUUUCCUGCUUUAACAGGUUAGAUUAGCUGUUAAGCAGCUCAGCUAUUUGUUGCUGAUUAAAACCAGGUGUGUUGAAGCAGAUAAAUCUCUAAAACAUGCUGAAUACUAGCUCUCUAGGGCCGUGGAGCCAAACCCUGCAGCUAAUCUAAUGCUAUGGCUAACGACUACUUACCAUUCAGAGCUGGUUCUGUUGGGUCGGUUCCGCUAGUUUCAGGCAACUCACAAGCUCAAAACAAUAAGGCUCAGGUCCGCUUGUCUCCUCCAAAUAGACUUGGUCCCUUUCUUCUCGAGUGUCUGAGUAAGGAGGGGGAGAAACGUCCUCCACUUCUAAUAACGGCUCAGAGUGAAGGGAGCUAGCAUCGUCUCGUUACCCAUCAUCUUCGUCACUGCCGCGGCUCCGCCCUCUCGGUCCGCCAGGCAACGCCUACUAAUGUUGCAGUUUUUAAAAUUGAUACGCGGGUGGAGUAAGACUCUGAGGGGGACAUUACCACUUCUUUAAUGAGAGUGAGAUUCAGCCUGACAAAUUAAAUAUGGCACUUUUCCUGUUACUAACUUAAAUUAGAGUAGUUGUUAUUUUGCACAGAAAAAGUAAAAAAUUUAAGCAUUUUAGUUUUUCUUUUUUAUGAGAGGGGGACACGGCAUGCAUCAGUUUAUAUCAGCAUCAGAAAUUAAGAGUCAGACAAUAUCUGUAUAUCAGAUAUCAGUAAAAAAGCUAAUAUCUAGUAUUCCUAAUAUGUUUUUAUUUAUUUAGCAGACGCUUUUCAUCCAAAGCGACUUACACUUUAUAACCUAUAGGGCAUGUUGUAAUCUGUGGGGGAAACCGGAGUACCCGGAGGAAACCCACGCAUGCAUGGGGAGAACACGCAACUCCACGCAGAAAGGCCGCAGCCGAGCAGAGUUUCGAACCUGCAACCUUCGUGCUGCGAGGCAACAGUGCUAACCACUGUGCAACCAUGCAGCCAAAUAUGAAUAUAAUAUGAAGUGAGCUCCACCGUUGCAUGCACACAACCUGCUCUGAAGUCAUGUAGCUUGCUUUUUGAAGCCAUCUUUCUUCCCCCUGGAUGGAAACAUUCAAAGCUGCUUUCCUGAGACAGACUGCUGCCGUUUCUGCUGCUGGGAGCUGAAAUAUUCAACAUCUAUCUGCACUGAUGACAGCCGGAGAGGAAGAGCAAGUUGAGGACUUGAACUUCUCUCUCCUUUCUCCCACAUCUCUUCUCCUGCUCUGCAACACAAACCCCUGACGGUCUGUUGCUUAGCAACUGUAAAAUAAAGCAGUAGGCUCUGAGUGAGAGGAGAGGAGAGGAAGAGAGUUCACAAGUACUGCAAUACACUACUGUUUGUUUGGCUCUACAUGAUCCCAGCACAUCUCUCGGUACCCAUCUGUGGAUCUGUGAUGACUUGUGACUUCUGCUUCUCGGACAGCCGACCAAUCAGGGUUGGCGGUUAGGCGAGCUCAUCGGUUCCCUAGGCUACCGGUGUGAUUGACAUUCAGCCUCCUGCAGCGGAGCGCAUGGCAGUGUAUCCCUGAUGCUCCUGCUUCCCCUGAGAGACAGUGGAGAAAUCUGGAAGAGAAGAGAGACGGAGAGAAAACACAAGAGCAAGUGGAAUGCUAAUUAUCUAAAGUCCUUCGGUCGUUUCCUCCCGCUCUCUUUACUGGAAAGAUGAAAGCUGCUGCGCAGGAAGAAGCCGGCUGAAGGCAGAGGAAAGGAAGGAUUCCCACAUAAGAAGGAUUUGUUGGAAAAACCAAAUGAUGACAUCACCCAAAGAGUCGACUUGAAAAAUCAAACGUGGAGUUUCAUAAAGAGGCAAAACCAAAAACGGAAGUGAGCAUCAAACAAACAUGUUCAGCACAACGUGGCGUCCAUAACUGCCUCAAAACAGCCUGAAGGGGGAGGAGCUACAAGGACGCAGAGAUGAACCUGAGCAACAACGGGGCGCCACCUGGGGAUAUAAGCUCCACCCACCUUUGAUAUCUAGGCUGACACACAGACCGACCAAAGCGGCGCGCCCCCACAUCAAACCCUCUUAGGCCUGAACAGUGCAGUGUCUGGAGAUGACCACUAAACGGAAGCUGAUUGGCCGGCUGGUGCCGUGCCGUUGUUUCCGUGGUGAGGAGGAAGUGAUCUCCGUGUUGGACUACUCUCACUGCAGCCUUCAACAGGUCCCCAAGGAAAUCUUCAGCUUUGAGAGAACUCUGGAGGAGCUGUACCUGGAUGCCAACCAGAUUGAGGAACUACCCAAGCAACUCUUCAACUGCCAGGCCCUAAAGAAGCUAAGUUUACCUGAUAACGACCUGUCCAACCUUCCUACCACCAUCGCCAGCCUGGUUAACCUCAAAGAGUUGGACAUCAGUAAAAAUGGAAUCCAGGAGUUUCCAGACAAUAUCAAAUGCUGUAAAGGUCUGUCUGUGGUUGAAGCCAGUGUCAACCCCAUCACCAAACUCCCAGAUGGUUUCACGCAGCUCCUGAAUCUGACCCAGCUUUUCUUAAACGAUGCCUUCCUGGAGUAUCUGCCCGCUAACUUUGGCAGACUCUCCAAACUACGGAUUCUGGAGCUGAGAGAAAACCACCUUAAAACAAUGCCAAAAUCCAUCCACAGACUGUCACAGCUUGAGAGGUUGGAUUUGGGAAGCAACGACUUUUCUGAAAUGCCAGAGGUGUUGGAACAGAUGCACAGCCUAAAGGAGCUGUGGCUGGACAACAACUCUCUACAGUCCAUACCUGGGUCAAUAGGGAAGCUCCGUCAGUUGCGGUACUUGGACUUAGCCAAAAACCGGAUUGAGUCAUUGGAUAGUGAUGUUUCGGGCUGCGAGGCCUUAGAAGACAUGCUGUUAUCUUCCAACAUGCUGCAGCACCUUCCGGACUCAAUAGGAAUGUUGAAGAAGCUGACCACCUUGAAGGUAGACGACAACCAGCUGACCUCACUGCCUCACACUAUCGGGAGUCCGAAGCCCAAGCAAGGUCUGUCUCUGUUGGAGGAGUUGGACUGCAGCUGUAAUGAGCUGGAGUCUUUGCCUCCCACCGUUGGCUACCUGCACAGCCUGAGGACUUUUGCUGCUGAUGAGAACUUCCUCACCGAGCUGCCACGAGAGAUUGGUAACUGCAAGAAUGUGACAGUGAUGUCACUUCGGUCCAACAAACUGGAGUUUCUUCCCGAUGAAAUUGGACAGAUGACCAAAUUACGUGUCCUUAACCUCAGCGACAACAGGUUAAAGAAUCUACCGUUCAGCUUCACCAAGCUGAAGGACCUGGCAGCUCUGUGGCUCUCAGACAAUCAGUCCAAGGCUCUGAUCCCACUGCAGACAGAAGCCCAUCCAGAAACCAAACAGAAGGUCUUGACCAACUACAUGUUUCCUCAACAGCCACGGCACGAUGAGGAUUACCAGUCAGACAGUGACAGCUUUAAUCCUACACUGUGGGAGGAGCAAAGGCAGCAGAGGAUGACUGUCGCCUUUGAUUUUGAGGACAAGAAAGAUGAAGAAGACAACUCUGGGAAAGUCAAGGUUGAAAUAAACUUGAAGCGCUACCCGACCCCCUACCCCGAGGACCUCAAGAACAUGGUUAAGUCGGUGCAAAGUCUCGUGGGUAAAGGCGGACAUCCUGGCCAUGCGCACCAGCACCAGCUGAGCACGGGCAGUGCCACCUCAGCAGGAACCAACAUGGAGCAUACGCACCUCAGCAAAGAGCCAUAUGAACCACCAUGGCCCCUGCCUCCCAAAGAGGUGACGGACAGAGAGAUGCAGGACUUCUCUCAGUCCCAGCUGAUGGAUCAGGGAUCGAUGCAUAACUCUGGCAUCGACAUUCCCAAGAGGAAGGACAAAGAGGAUUUAACAGAGAGCUCGGAGGACUCCAUGGGUGGUUCUCCCAACGACAUCCGUAUCUCGGACAUGAGACCCACUCUGGUGGAGCCGCCCAUGUACAAACCAAAGGUGGUGCUGCUGGGGAAGGAUAAGAAAGAGUCCACAGACGAGGACGUAGAUAAACUCCACUGUCUGAACCACAGCGGCUCCUCUGCAACCUACUCGGACUACUCUCCCUCACAAGGCUCCUCUGGCUCCUCCAAUCCGUCUGCAAACACACACUCACACACACAUUCUCACCCCCACACACACACUCCUGCCCUGCCGCCUCCCAGUAAGGACCAGGUCCCCCAGUCACACUGGACCAACAGACUUGCCCAGUCAUUUCCCAAACCCAUUGACUCCAAGCCCCUGCUUUCUCAGAGGGAAACCCCUCCAUCAGGGACCCUACAGCAACGUGGAGACCGCCGUCCACUCAGCGAGCCUUUUGACUGGGCUGAGGCCCCUCACUAUGAUAACACAGGGUUUGACGCGGAAGAGUCUCCUCUGGACCCCCCAUCUAAUACCAGCCAGGGAAACCCUCCACUGGGCUCCAAACCCCGCAGCCAGUCGGCCCAUGGACGCCGCCCUCUCCUCAGGCAAGAUCGAAUUGUAGGAGUCCCCCUGGAGCUGGACACCCAGACACUCUCCUAUCAUGGUAACCAACGUUCUAAUCCGGACAGUGAUCCACAGUCCUCUGGGCCUCAUUCCCAGAACCCCUGGCAGAAUUGGACUAGGACCCCAAGCCCGCUGGAAGAUAGGACUGCUUUCCCUUCAAAGCUGGACCUAACCCCAACGUCAAGCCCCAACCCCGAUCGGAAGGACAUGGACUCAAGGCUGGAUCCAGGUUCAGGGCCUUUGCCCGGAAGCUGGACAUAUCACAACAAUCAGGGAGAUCAGAACAGGAAAGAUCAGCUCACUGUCGGCGGGGGCAACAAGGUAACUGUUGUGAUGAGUAAAAGCUCAGACCGCCUGUCCCCCAUGAUGAAGGAGACAAGAUCCAAGUUCAAGAAGUCUCAGAGCAUAGAUGAGAUCGAUAUUGGCUCCUACAAAGUCUACAGUAUUCCCAUGGAAAGCUAUAGUUCAUCCAUUGAGCAGCAGACUAGCUUGGACCGCUCCGAGCUCCCUGGCUCUAUGGAACAGACCAGCAUGUCACGAUCUCAGUCUGCCCCCAUGUUAGAUGAUGAGAUGAUCUUUCCAGGACAUGGAGCCAACCACAAUCCAAAGCCUGCCAUUCCCCAAAAGGCCUAUCACUUUGACCAAAACUACAACCCACAGGUGACCAUGGAUCGUCGAGUCCCUCCCCCGUUUCCCAACACACCAGAUUACGUUAACCAUUCAUCAAAGGUUAUGGACUACUUGAAUCAACCAGGAAAGACACUGCCCAAAGAGCUAGUAAGCCCGCGGUAUCGGGCAUACCCGCCACUGGAGAUGUUUUCUUUCCCUCAAACACCAAUCAGUCAAGACGGCCCACCCAGCCAGCAGCAUCAAACAAUCUCAACGCAGCGCUCCAGGCCAGGGUUUCUGAGGAGAGCCGAUUCUCUGGUGAGCUCUACGGAGCUCGCUUUGUUCCGCAGAGUUCAUGAAGCCCAGCAGGAGGCGCUGCUACAGGAAGCUCAAUACAAACAGCAGUCAGACCCCCCGCAUUAUAGUCGUGCUCUUGCCUAUUCCUCCCCCAUGGACCACUCUGCACUCACCAACAUGGCUGACAACCAAAAUCAAAUGAUGCACAAUAAAAGGAACGGUCGCUAUGACGACGACUAUCCCACUUACCAAGAACAGAAGAAGCCAAUGAUUGGUUACCCAACCAAAAGUCUAACACAACGUCGCCCCCUGUCAGCUAGGAGCUACAGUACUGAGACCUAUGGAGCCUCCCAGGCUCGUCCCGUGUCUGCUCGUCCCACCAUGGCUGCUCUGCUGGAAAAAAUGCCACCUGACUACACCCUGGCAACCUGUCCAGAGAAAUCUUCCGAGGACACCAUCAAAGUAAGGCCCGUGGUGCCGCAGAAACCUGAAGACAUCACUUCCAAGAUGCCAGCCGACUGGAGGCAACAACUUCUCAGGCACAUAGAGGCUAAACGAUUGGACAGGAGUGGUGUCCUAAAGCACAACACGCUCACGCUGGGCAUGUUCUAUCAGGGCGGGGGUCACGGCCAGGGGCGCAGCAGCAGUUUGAACUUUAACCUUUACAAUAACACUAGGCAUGAGCCCCCUGCUGGCCGCUGGCUGCCACUACCUCCUCCUCCAUCUGCCAUCGCUACCCCCUCUCAGCAGGGCGCAAUGCUGGAUAAUGACCAGGAGGGGGUGUCAGGAAACAACCAGUGGGCUCCUUACUCACUUGGAAGAAGGGAUGUUCCACCUGACAACCUUAUGAAGAAGAGCGGACAUUCACACAACCCUUCACACCAGUCACACAACACCAUGAUUGUCACUUCCUCCUCUUCCUCCUCGGCCACUCAGCCUCAUCGUGUGGUGGGGCAGCAGGGUUACGACGGCAUGAUGAGUAAAGGUGGACAAUACCAGCAAGGAAUGGCUCUGUCAGUGGUUACCUCUGGUGGGCAGUACCAGGGCAACGUUUCUCAAGCUCUUCCUUCUCCUGGUCAGGCCUACCCAGGUGGUGGCUUGCCCAUGGGCCUGUCUUCAUCUGGGAACCAACCUCAGUACAACCCCCACACCUCCCAUCAGCAGCCCCUGCCUGCUACCAACCCCCAAUACCAUGGCAACCAAGGCAUGGUCCACAGCAACCAGGUUGUCAUGACCACCCACACUAACCCGCGGCCUCAGAGCGCCCGGUGCCUGUUGCAGACCAAAGGCCAGAAGAGCACGGACGGUUUUCAGGAACAAUUGUGUGUAAGAAUAGAGAAGAACCCGGGUCUCGGUUUCAGUAUCUCUGGUGGCAUCAGCGGCCAGGGGAACCCCUUCAAACCCUCUGACAUGGGUAUCUUUGUUACUAGGGUACAGCAUGACGGGCCCGCCGCCUCCGCCCUGCAGCCUGGAGACAAGAUACUGCAGGCUAAUGGACAUAGUUUUUUACACAUGGAGCACGACACAGCCGUCUCUCUGCUGAAGAAUUUCCCUCGGACAGUGGACUUGAUGGUUCUGAGAGACACCAGUAUGUGCUAGAAAUAGUUUUUUUAAACGAAUAGAACAACGCUUCUCUUCUCUACUCGUCACCAUCCAAUGACACCCCACCUGCGCUCAGCUGGAGGCUUGUGACACUGAAACACAAGCCACUCUUCUUUUUUAAACCUUUUUAGAGGAACACGUUGACAUUUAUUUGCCUAUUGCUGGACCAAAGGCGAAUACCAGUGCCAAAUGUACCAUAAAAUAUCGGAUUGUCUGUCUACCAGAGAUCAGGGACCUGAUCGUUGACUGGGUGGAUCAUGAGGGGACUACUUUUUUUUUGUCCCAAUAAGGCUGCUGUAGUUUGGAUUGUGUGUGUGUGGGUGUGCACACAUUUGUUUAUUUUUAUUUUAAUCAGGCAGUCAUCCCAUCAAUCAGUCAAAUUAGAAAACUGUUGUUGCUUCGUGUCUGUUUUCUUCUCUUCUGUAAGUUUUUGUUACCUAAUUUGAAAUUUGAACACGUGGACAUUAUUUUUCACACCUUUUAGUUUUUUUUUUCACCUAUUUUUCCUAAAUUCUGUUUUUUUCCUACCCUCUUCUUAUUUUGUUUAUCUAUUUUUAAUUGUUUCACAUUUUUUCUGCAGGAUUAUUAUUUUUUUCACCUCCAGUGUACAGACGCUGAAAACUUUAGACUUUCUGCCUUUUGUACAAAUAUAGAGAUUCAGCUUCUAGAGCUGCACUUGCAGCGUGGCCUGACCAGUUUAUGAUUAAUAUAAUUAUUGUUGAUACAUUCUGAAUUCUCUCAUGUUGAUUGUACAGAGAACAUUUCUCCUAAUGGAUUUUUUUUUGUUUUUUUAUAGGUAUACCACUAUUUUACCUGUAAAAAAAAACGUUUUUCAUAUUUCAUCAUUAACGGGGUUUUCUGUUUGAAAAACUGUUGCCUGCACAGCUGUGUUGAAAAGAGCUAAAAGCAAUACUUCUGAGGUUCGGCUCAUUGAGAUUUUUUUAGCAGAGCCACCCUUGUUCUGUAGUGCCAUCUAUCGUGCAAGUCAUGCCAACAUUUACACACGCCACCACGCGAAUGGACGAGUAGGCAAACACACAAGAAAGACUUGUGUGUGGUGCUCACACACAGCACAUUUGCAACAAUGUGCCUUGUGCACUGCUGCAUAAUGGUGCUCAGUUUAUAUUUCAGCCUGAUAACAAAUUCUAAGACCCUCACACACUGAGUCAACACCAGUAAUAGUACUGCAGCCACCUUUUACAUCUGUUGUCUUGUUUUUACGGCCACGUGAACAUCUUUUCAGAUGUUUGAGGCUUUUUUCAUAACAUUGGUGACUGACAGCCAGCAUUUUCCUCUUUUUGGGUCCAUCUUUAAUUUCAAGAGCUGUUGAGUUGCUGAGGCUUGGCAACACAGAGCCUUCCAUCGCCUUAAAUCUGGGCGGUUUUUGGUCAGAUCUGCAUUUUCUGUAAAAACAUCCCAGCGUCUGGAUUUCCUGUGGAUAGAAAGAUGAUAAAGUGCCCCCACAGAAAUCUGAAAUGUUUGGAAUAAGGCCUCAGUUUUAGCACUUUGACAGAUAAAUCUACACUAAUUAAAGAAAAUAUAAACUUUCUUUGCAACCCGGCAGUCAGAAAGAAAAAAUUUAGAUAUUUUUUAACAUUAAAGCUGCAAUGGCAAAUUUGGAAACAAAUUAGCUUAAAACAAUUUUUUCAUACCUCUUUUAAAUGUUCUAACAUAGUGAAGCUAUAAACAUAUUGUAGAGUUUUUAAAAAGCAACUAUAGGGAGUCUACGUCACCACAGACAUAUAUGGAAUAGCGCCGCCUACUGGAGCUGCCGUAGUGGCUGGCCGCCAUUUUAGAUGGGUCUCCAUUCGCCCCCUGUGCAUUCAUUUCUACUGAAGAAGAUGCUCACCCAACUGUAAAAAGCACCUCAAGCUUUUUCACAAAAUCAGACACAAUGAAUGGAAUAAUUAAAAUAUAAAUAAGAUAAAACAAAGUAAAUAAAUAUAAAUUUAAACAUAUAUUGUUGUAACUGUAGGCUGCACAAAAACGGGCAUAGUUUCCCUAUCUGCUUUGACUUUGGAGAGUGAUGAGACCCAUCCAACAUGGCGCUGUAACACUCUCCAGCGCAUAACGGGGCAUCUACGUAUUUAUGUCUAUGUAAGUCACUCCCAUCUAGUUCCAGACUAUGGGUCCCCAACUGCCAAAACCAAUGAAUGGGAGUCUAUGAUAGAAUAAAAAAUAUUUUCCGAUCCCCUUUGAUAAGUGCCAUGGAUUUCACAUAUGAUGUCCGUGAAUUUAAAAACCACAUUUCGAUGCCAAGAAAGCUCUUAUUUUCUACAGGUGGCAAAAGCUAUUUUAGGUUUUGUGUGAAAAGACGUUUAGGACUACAAAUGUUCGUCUCACAAAAUUGACGUCAUCAAACCAGACUCGGAGAAGAGGAGAAGGUGAGUGAGAAAGCUUUAACUCCUUCUUUCAGGAUGAAGGAAGGAGCAUUAAACAUGAAGAAAACCGCUAAAAAUCUGGCAAUGUGGUAAGUAGCAGCUAUGCUGGGGGAUAAGAGAUUCUGUGGUGACAUCAUAUAUGGGAUGUCUGAUUUGUAGUCUUUUAAUUAGGAAUUUUUUACAAGCAAAUAAAUUUCAAAGUAUGUGAGACAUAGUUGAAACACACAUCGUUACUUUUCAUUUAAAUUGAAGUAAAACGUGUGAUUCAGGGUGUAAGGCUAAGCGGAUUAGAAAAUAGCUCUUAAGCCUGUUCAUUUUUUGUUUGUUCCGGGAACCUGUGAGCCGACCAGAAGGGCAGGAAACUUAAGGUUGGUUUAUGCUUGACGCGUCCGCGAGGUCCGCACGGCUCCGCGCGGAAAAAUUGCGUCAUUUUAACAACCUCGCCCCUCCGCACGGCCCAGAAUUUCCGCAACGUGCACCUCGGAAAAUUUCUAACCACGCGGACGGACGGACGCGGAAAAACAUGGCGGACCGGCAAGAACUAGUACGGCAGAGGUUCGUAAAUACAGACAUUUGUAUGAUUCAGCUCUCAAAGGUCACCAUGAUCAAUGUGUUGUUAAUAAUUCUUGGAGAGAAAUAGCUCGCACUGUCGGAAAAGACGAGAACGCUGUUAAAAAUGCUGAAAUACUGUGUUGUAAACAGUAAUUUCUACUUCUACUAUGGUGCAGUGUUGGAUGCAUGCCGUAGAGCUCCAUGCUGCCCCGUUCAGUUUGGGAGAAUAUUGGCUCACCGCAGAGACGAGCCGCACAAACCAUAAACGCUGCGAGUUGUGAAGCGCGUUCCAUCCGCGAGCCGCAUCACCGCGCGGAAAGUGAAUGCGUCAAGCAUAAACCAAGCUUUAGGCUCCCUAUUGGACCAUCUGGUUGUCAGACUUGCUGAACCGCCACACCUCCCCGGGUCCUCCACUCAUAACGCACUCACGUAUUUAGUCACGGACAACAAAGACGUCGUUUGGACCUAGAAAUUGGCGACUGAUGUUUAGCGCUCUCUCGUGUCCUUUGGCAAGGCAGGAUUUCGGUUCCAGCGAAUGCGGCCAUGGGAAGAAACCCAAGGGGAGGGUUGAGGGUUCUGUGACCCUGUUUGGGUUCAAAAGCUAGCUUGCUCUGUAUAUUUGCUAUUGCAGCUUUAAAGAGCAAGUCACCCCCACUAGAUUCUUACUCAACUCCCACUUCCUGUUUGAAAAAUGCAACAAGUGCUGUUGCCUAGCAGACCGAGAGGGCGGAGCCGCUAAUAAAUACACAUACAGAUUCACAACGACAUUGGGACAUCAUAUGGUACCAGCUAACGUUCUAGGGUACCUCUUAGCCAAUAGCGAUGGCAGAAUCAAAUUCAAAUGCAGUGCAGAGUUUUUACCUGACAAUGGCACAACACUGACAGUUUUAGGUAGAAAAUUAAAAAUUUUAACUAAAAUGCACUAAAGUGCAAAACUAUUGACUACACGUGUCUGCAGCACGAUUAGACACGCAUUUAUGUAGUUUAUCAGAAAAAAAAGUUGAUUUGGGGGUGACUUGCUCUUUAACAUAAGAGUUCACAGACAUUAAAUGAUGAAAAAAGAAGCAUAAAGUGAAACUUUGAGACUUUCAAAGAAAGACUACAUGCCAAAUAUUGAUGGUUGUUUUAGGAGUUGUAUUGAAAUGGCUGAAGUAACCACAGAAGAAGAGCAAAGAGGUUCAUUUUCUGUCCACAUGCAAAAGCAACACUUACUUUGAGGGCAUUUUCAUCAGACGCCGCAUUUCGUUCACCGAUCUUUGGUUUAACUCGGCAUCCCGUGACUGUUCAGUGUCAUUUCUCCCGAGGAGCUUUUUGUUUGAUUCAGCAUAAAAGACACAACAUGGCACAGUUUGAAUAAUGUGAUUGAAACCGAACCCUAUUCAGAGUUUGACAUUUCAAAAGUUAUGAUGUGAAGAGUAAAAUGUUUGAUAAUAUAAAUAUUUUUUACUCUAUGUUUCAGGUAAUUCUUUCUAAAUAUAUUGAUAUACCUUAGCUUUGCUCAGAAAUUGUGAUAUUUUGUAAAGACACUUGUAUCAAAGACAUGGAUAAGAUGUACGCACAGUGUGACUCGGAGACCUGCACAGGUACUAUCCAAAACUGUGUAAAAAUGUAUUUCUACUGUAAUUGUGAAUUUGUGUUAUACAAAAAUCAUAUUAUAUAUAUAUAUAUAUAUGUAUAUGAACAUAAAACAGCCAUUUUAUAUGUGCUUUAAUGACAAGAGAGAUGAACAAAUGAGGACGGUGACACUGUACAUAAGCUGCGACUGAAACUCGAUUUAAAGUUACUCAUAUUGAUUGUGAAUGUACUCAUGCUUUCUGCAGUACUUUAAUGUACCCAACUUGAAUGCUGCUUCUUCUGUAGUGUGACACAAACGUACUUUGACCUCUGAAGAGAGAGACGCCGUCUGACUAAAAAGAUGGACAAUUUUCAGUGUUGAUCUAGCGGAACUAUUUAUUUGUUUAUUUCUUUGCACAUGCAAGUUGAAAUCCUUCCAGUUUUAAGUUUUAGUAUUGACGCGGGGAAAUGCAAUUGCUGAAAUAUAUAUAAUAUAUAUCAUGUGUUUAGAAUGCAUUUUGCAGACACUAUCUGUACAUACGAUUUAAGAUACGGUUUUUACAAAAUAAAUUAUAUGUAUAAAAUAGAAAAAAUGCUGUGCAGCAAUUAUACUGGAGCCAUUUUGGGUUUCAGGACAUACCAUUUUUCAGUAUAUAAGAAGUGUUUUGAAUAAUGUACUAAAGUCUUUAUUGUACAAAUAAUAAAAAUGUCAAUAUUG